UAAAAGCAGGGCUUUUCCUUGGUAACAUUCAUCCAGCGUUCAAAGGGAGCUCCUGCGUAUUGCAGCAAAGUAUCAACAAGCUUCUGCAACACGUGCGAAUUCCGAACACUUGAUCGCAAUGGCUCUCCAUCUCUCAACAAAUCUCAAGCCUGCCCUCACACAAGCCUUCGCCUCUCUCAACAGGCGAGGAUUUGCGGCAGCGGCAAGCGCGGUCUCGAAUAUGAUGAGAGAGAACCGGCCGGAUCACCUUAACAGAGUGAAUAAUAAUAAAAACAGCAGUAACAAGGGAUCAAAAUCGUCAUGGAUGCCUGACCCAGUCACCGGAUAUUAUCUUCCUGAGGACCAUUUUGGAGAGACUGAUGUCGCACAAUUGAGGGAAGAGCUCUUAAACCAAAAAGGCGGUGGCCAAAUAUGAAAAAUGAUGGGAAUAUACGGAUUCCCCCUAAUCGAUUUUGUAUCGCUGGUUUUAUUAACUACUUUGUUUUAGCCUACUUUUGCUAAUGAUAUGGAUUUAUGGGGUUAGUAAUGGCAGCAUGAUGGUUUUAAUUUUUAAA